AUGGUAUGUCGAGCAGUAUUCGACACCUACAGACGUCAUUUUGAUAAGAAUAUCGUUUUUGAUACGAUUUUCGAUAUGGAAUAUUUUGUAUCGACAUAUCAAAUUCACCUUUUCGACAUCCCUAGCUCGGUCAACAGAAGAACGAAGGUCUUCGGUCGAGGCACUUUCCCCGACGCGGGUGACCAGCAGACUAGUGAUGCACUCUGGGCGCCCUGUCGAAACGGACGUCAGACCGGCCACGGCAGAGGUGGCCAG